AUGACGCGAUUCAUCUCGGUUCGAUCUCGAAAAGAUCGCGCGAAAAACAGGUUAAAAACCUCGAAAAGCAUUAUCGACCGCACUUUUUCUCCCGGCGAACAACGGGGCUGGCCGGCCGCCAUGCCUUCGAUACUCGUCGUCGACGACAAUUGCGUGAACAGACAGGUAUUCCGAGCCAUGAUCGCGAGCUUCGGGUGCGAAGUCGCGGCCGCGUCGAGCGGCGAGGAGGCGGUCCUCGCGAUGAGAGCUUUCGGCGAGAAUUUCCAGAAAGUUGCGGACACAACGGUUGCGAAGCGGGAAUGCCAGAGACGCCUCGUCGUCAUGGACGUGCACCUGGGCCAGGGCAUGGACGGCUACGUCGCGGCGGAGAUGAUCAAAGCGGACGCGGCGGCGCAAGGGAUACCGCCACCGCACAUCGUCAUCGUCUCCGGGGACGAGCCGAGCGAGGUUCAGGAGAGGUGCUCGAGGUGCGGUUUGGACUUUUUGCCGAAGCCCGUGGGAAGAGAACAAUUUAGAAACGUCCUGAGCGCGCACGGGAUCGCCGUGUGA